CUCUUAACAAGAACCCCCAAACGUUGGUGUAUCGGGACAAUGCUCUAACCAACUGAGCUACUCAGCCGGGGUGUCCACAUCUACUUCUGUCAAUCAUGAUAGAAAAUGUUCUCACCCUUCCUUUUCCACUUCCCAGGAAAUUUCUCCUGAGAUUCGAAUGCCUGGCGGGAAGGGCCUUGAGUUUCUAGAACUGGGGAAGGGAGAGGCAUGCCUGUGAGGUGGGGCCCAUGGUGUGUCACAGAACAAAUGAGAUUCUGCCAUUUCCACUGGGCAUUGGUGUGGCGAUGAAAGGGUGCCCUUCUUUGCCCACUCCCACUGUUGGCGGCCCUGACCAGAGGCAGCUUGUGUGCCCACCCCAGGCAUGCAAGUUUUUCUGUUCUCCCCAGAUCCCUACCCUGUGUGAGUGAGGAGUUUCGGACUCCCAAGAGACCCCAUGUGGGUCUGAAUGGCUAAGCUUAGCUUCCUGAGCUUGGUGGAUAGACGGCCGUUUGUUACUACCUCUGAGGACCAGAGCCUUUGACUCUGCACCCAGACUCCUUUGCUACCGUCACUGGGGAGGGUUGAGGACCCGCCGCUGUUCAGCCUUCAGCACCUCCUGGGCGGACGGCGCCCUAGUCUGGAGGUGCUCAGGAACCCCCGUCUCCCUGAUGACUUCAGCACCAACAGGUCGAGGACAGCAACUCGCUGUCUCUCCCACCCUCAAUCCACUACCUUCUUCCCUUUCAAAACCUAAAGAAGGGACAGUGCCUUCACGCUGGGGGUCUCCCAAGGCCCCGUCUCUCUGCUCUCCAUUCGGCAGCAACCGGGAGGACCGUUUCUGCCUUCUCCACUCCAAGUCCGGUCUUACAGGAAAACGACAGACCAUUCUCGGCGCUGGGGGGUCUCCCCAGCGCCUGUCUCCAACCCCCACGCCCAGGUUUUCCACCCCCGACGCCCCGCCCCGCUAUCCUUCAGCACCACCGGACACGGACAGCUCCUCGGUGUCCGCCCCGCCUUGAGCCCCUGUUGACCACCGCUGGCGCCGACAGCCCCUCGCCUCCACCCUCGCCCGGGCAGACCAGGGCGCAGACUCUGACAGUCCUCACUCCGGGACGGCUCCCUCCCCCUCCUCUCCCUGCUCCGCUCCUCUGGCGCAUGGAGACCCCGGGGGUACCAGAAGGGGCGCGGGCACCCAGCGAGCUGAACCGCGCUCUCGGCGGCCAAGGCUUAGCCAGAUCCCCGAAGCACCUGUGGCGGCAGCCGCGGCGCCCCAUCCGUAUCCAGCAGCGAUUCCACUCGGACCCGGACAAGUCCGCGGGCCGCAGCCAGCAGAACCGGGGUCCGCGGCUGGGGCUCCAGAAGUCAAGGUGCUCCUGGCCCACUUCCUUCCACAGGUGCUUUGACCUGGAAAAUGCACUCUCACGCGGGAGAAGCGCCCAGGACCCUCAGGUCGGGCCUGGCCCUGGCCAGGUCACCCAACACAGCCAGCGCCGUGAGUCCUUCCUGUACCGCUCCGAGAGCGACUAUGAACUCUUGCCUAAGGCCAUGUCCCGGAACUCUUCUGUGGCCAGUGACCUACAUGGAGAAGACAUGAUUGUGACACCCUUUGCCCAGGUCCUGGCCAGUCUGCGGACUGUUCGGAGCAAUGUUGCUGCGCUAGCCCACCUGCAAGGCCACAGAGCAGCCAAGCAGACAUCCAUCGGGAACCCUCCAUCUGGCAGUCAGCCCCCUCCUCCUCCAGAGGACACUGGGCAGAAGCUGGCCUUGGAGACACUGGAUGAGCUGGACUGGUGUCUGGAUCAGCUGGAGACCCUGCAGACCCGGCACUCGGUGGGGGAGAUGGCCUCCAACAAGUUCAAGCGGAUGCUGACCCGGGAGUUGACUCACUUGUCUGAGACCAGCCGCUCGGGGAACCAGGUGUCAGAGUACAUUUCCCAAACCUUCCUGGACCAACAGACCGAGGUGGAGUUACCCAAGGGAACCCCCAAGGAACCCUCGAGGCCCAUGUCCCAGAUCAGCGGCCUGCAGGGGCUCCCCCACAGUGCCAGCCUCUCCACAGCCACCAUCCCAUGCUUUGGGGUCCAGACUGACCAGGAGGCGCAACUGGCCAAGGAACUGGAAGACACCAAUAAGUGGGGGCUUGAUGUGUUCAAGGUGGCAGAGCUAAGUGGGAACCGGCCCCUGACAGCCAUCAUAUUCAGCAUCUUUCAGAAACGGGACCUGCUCAAGACCUUCCAGAUCCCGGUGGACACACUUGCCACCUACCUGCUGACGCUGGAGGGUCACUACCACGCCGACGUGGCCUACCACAACAGCCUGCAUGCCGCUGACGUGGCCCAGUCCACGCAUGUGCUGCUGGCCAUGCCCGCCCUGGAGGCUGUGUUCACAGACUUGGAAGUCCUGGCUGCCAUCUUUGCAAGCGCCAUCCAUGAUGUGGACCAUCCUGGGGUCUCCAACCAGUUUCUCAUUAACACCAACUCGGAGCUGGCGCUGAUGUACAACGACGCCUCCGUGCUGGAGAACCACCACCUGGCUGUGGGCUUCAAGCUGCUGCAGGCAGAGAACUGCAACGUCUUCCAGAACCUCAGCACCAAGGAGUGGCUGAGUCUGCGCAGGAUGGUCAUCGACAUAGUGCUGGCCACUGACAUGUCCAAACACAUGAACCUCCUGGCUGACCUCAAGACCAUGGUGGAGACCAAGAAAGUGACGAGCCUCGGAGUCCUGCUGCUGGACAACUACUCGGACCGCAUCCAGGUCUUGCAGAACCUGGUGCACUGUGCUGACCUCAGCAACCCCACUAAGCCGCUGCCCCUGUACCGCCAGUGGACAGACCGAAUCAUGGCUGAGUUCUUCCAGCAGGGAGACCGUGAGCGGGAGUCGGGCCUGGACAUCAGCCCCAUGUGUGACAAGCACACAGCCUCAGUGGAGAAGUCCCAGGUGGGUUUCAUUGACUACAUCGCCCACCCACUGUGGGAGACCUGGGCUGACCUGGUACACCCAGAUGCACAGGACCUGCUGGACACGCUAGAGGACAACCGCGAGUGGUACCUGAGCAAGAUCCCCCGCAGCCCCGGGGAUCCCACCAGCCCCGAGCAGGGCGGCCUUGACAGAUUCCAGUUUGAGCUGACUCUGGAGGAGGCAGAAGAGGAGGAGGAGGAGGAGAGAAUGUUGGCCCAAGAGGCCUCAGAGUCACCUGACACUGACCUCCUGUCCCCUGAGGCCAGCUCAGACCCUGGGGCCUUAUGCCUAGACAACCAGAGGACCGUGGGCAAGCCCUGCAUGGACCAUGAGGGCAAUGUAACGGCUGAGCCAUCUGGCUCCUAAUGGCCUCUAAUGAGUGGGUGGACUUUCCAGGAAGAGGUCCCAGAUAACUCAUGCCUUGCCUUCUCCACACAUUGAGGGGGACAACCUUAGUUAUAGGCAAGUUUCAGGAUUGAAGCUGGCUGGGGUCCACUCUGACCCCGGGCUCUGCUGAGCUCUCCUCCUCCAGCGUCAGCUCUGACGUUGGGGCUGGGUCAGGCCCAGCUUCUCCAGCGGUCACUCUUGAGCCACACCCAUCACUUACUCUUUCAUUCUUUAUCAGAUAUUUAUUGGGACAUCCUGUGUGCCAGGCCUGUGCCUGCUAUGUGCCUCUGGGGCAGCCCUGUGCGACGGGUGAGGAGUCAGCCCCAAGGAGAUGCCCCCCACAGGCACCUCCCUCUCAUCUGCUGGGGACCUUGAAUGGGGAAAAGCUUUGUCCAGUCCCAACUCUGGUUCUGGAGCUCUGGAGGGGGUGGUAGGGGGCAGCAGAGAGAGGGCUCUGUGUGGGGACAUCUCUGAAGAUUGAAGUGGCCUGUUGCUGCUUGUGCAUCGGUUAUUGCUUUAAGUAGCUGCGAUUUCUUCUUCAGCGGUGCCUCUGGGUGCACCUGUUCUCUCUGACCUCAGGACCUCCUGCUGGCCCCUCCCCCCAUUCUCCCUCUUAUACAACAGCAACAAAAGCACACAAUUCCUGUCACCCCUACCGUGGGUCUCUGUAUCCCCCAAUUCCGAGGGUGCCCCAGACACCUCCUAGGGAGGCCUCCUGGGCCUCAGUUUCCCCUCUAUGGCCUGAUCCUAGUAUUUGGGUAAACUUUGGUUGAGAGGUAGUGUCUGUGAGCACCCUGAAAUAUCUUAGAAAUCUGGGGCAUUGAACGUUUCUCUGGAGUGAAAUAAACCUUAUUAACUUAAA